AUGGGACCCUCUUCGUCUAAACUCUUGGAAUCUCUUAUGGAGGGCACUAGUUUUGACAAAGACGAGAUAGAUAGACUUCAAAAGAGAUUUUUAAAAUUGGAUAGAGAUGGAUCAGGUACUAUUGACAAAGGUGAAUUCCUAGAUAUACCGGGCAUAGCAUCGAACCCUUUGGCCAAUAGAUUGAUGGAUGUAUUUGACGCUGAUGGCAGCGGGACGAUAGACUUUCAAGAGUUCAUAACAGGCUUGUCAGCAUUUAGUGGAAAGACUGCUACUGUUGAUAAACUUAAAUUCGCUUUCAAAAUUUACGACAUAGAUAGAGAUGGGUUUAUUGGUAAUGGUGAGCUUUUCAUCGUCAUGAAAAUGAUGGUGGGCAAAAAUUUGCAGGACGAAGAGUUACAGCAAAUAGUUGAUAAAACUAUGAUGGAAGCGGAUGAAGAUGGUGACCAAAAAUUGAGUUUUGAGGAAUUCAAAAAGGCUGUGAAUUCAACGUCGAUAGCGAGUGCCUUAACUAUCAAUCUGUUUUGA